AUAAUCCUCAACUCCUAACAAAUUAAAGCCACAUAUACCAAUUCAAUACCAUUCCUUUUUGAAGUAAGAAAUUAAGAUUGGAGAAGAUUCAUGGGGACAGCGGAAGAGCAAAAAGUACAACAAAAGAAGGCCUUUGGAUGGGCGGCCAGGGAUACCUCUGGUUUUCUCUCUCCUUUCAAUUUCUCCAGGAGAGCAACGGGGGACAAGGAUGUGACGUUCAAAGUGGUGUAUUGUGGGAUAUGCCAUUCGGAUCUUCACAUGAUCAAAAAUGAAUGGGGGGUUUCUACAUACCCUCUUGUUCCAGGGCAUGAGAUUGUGGGCGUAGUGACAGAGAUUGGGAGCAAGGUGGAAAAGUUCAAAGUUGGGGACAGAGUGGGAGUUGGAUGCAUGGUGGGAUCAUGCCGCUCUUGUGACAGCUGUGCCAACAAUCUUGAGAAUUAUUGCCCCAAAAUGAUACUUACCUAUGGUGGCACAUACUACGAUGGAACCACCACAUAUGGAGGCUACUCUGACAUUAUGGUUGCCGAUGAGCACUUCAUUGUUCGAAUUCCUGACAACUUACCUCUUGAUGCGGCUGCCCCUCUGCUUUGCGCCGGUAUUACAGUUUACAGUCCUUUGAGAUACUAUGGACUCGACAAACCUGGAAUGCAUGUGGGUGUGGUUGGCCUUGGCGGGCUAGGCCAUGUAGCCGUCAAGUUCGCGAAGGCCAUGGGGGUUAAGGUGACUGUGAUCAGUACCUCUCCUAACAAGAAGAAGGAAGCUAUUGAACAUCUUGGUGCUGACUCAUUUUUGGUUAGCCGUGACCAAGAUGAGAUGCAGGCUGUCAUGAGCACAAUGGAUGGUAUUAUCGAUACUGUAUCUGCACAGCACCCUCUAAUGCCAUUGAUAGGACUACUGAAAUCUCAUGGAAAGAUUGUUCUUCUUGGUUUAUCGGAGAAGCCACUAGAGCUGCCAGUUUUUCCUCUGCUCGUGGGGAGGAAGAUAGUGGGUGGUAGUGCAAUUGGGGGGAUGAAGGAGACUCAGGAGAUGAUUAAUUUUGCAGCAAAACACAAUAUAACUGCAGACAUCGAGGUUAUUCCCAUCGAUUAUGUGAACACUGCCAUUGAGCGUCUUGUGAAAGCGGAUGUUAGAUACCGAUUUGUCAUUGACAUCGCCAACACCAUGAAAUCAUCUAGCUCUAGUUAAUUACUUUAUUCCCAUAGUUAGAGAUAAUUAAGAGGAUGAAUAUUGAAUCUCUUACUCUUAUAAUGAUUCAACUCUAUUUCUAGUCUCGACCGAUUGUAUGUUACAAAAAUAAAUGAAUAAAUGAUAUUUAUGUGA